AGAGUGUUUAAAUGCUGCAGACGCCAACUGGACAGCAGCACAGCGGCUCUCUCUCUCUCUUAGUAAAUAACGGUUCACCCCAAGUCCAUGAUGAGUGGCUCCGGAUCCCUGCAGCUCGGGCUCAUUAACUGCAACAAUAAAUAUCUCACUGCCGAGAUGUUCGGCUUCAAGAUUAACGCCUCAGCUUCCAGCCUUAAGAAGAAACAAGUGUGGCUGCUGGAACCCGUGGGUGAAGAGGCAGUGCUGCUGCGGAGCCACUUAGGCCGAUACCUCUCCGCGGACAAGGACGGACGCGUAUCCGGCGAGACCGAAGCCCCCGACUCGGAGUGCCGCUUCCUAGUAAGCGCACAGGGUGAUGGCCGUUGGGUGCUGCAGUCUGAGGUGUACGGCCGAUACCUAGGCGGUUCGGAAGACCGAAUCAGCUGCUUCUCGCCCUCUAUAUCAUCAGCCGAGAAAUGGGCUGUUCAUCUGGCCAUGCACCCCCAGGUGACUAUAUUUAGUGUGACUCGCAAAAGAUACGCUCGCUUGGGGGGCAGUGGGGAAGAACUGUCGGUAGAGCGGGAUGUGCCCUGGGGUCUAGACUCCCUCAUCACGCUCCUCUUCCAGGAGAACCGCUACAGCAUCCAGACCCCUGACCACCGCCUAUUGGCUAUGGACGGAAGUCUGAGCAGUGAGCCGGGGCCCGACACCAAAUACACGCUGGACAUUUCGGCGGGGAAAGUUGCCUUCAGGGCUAGGGAUGGCCGCUAUUUAACCCCCUCCGGACCAAGCGGCACGUUGAAAGCCGGUAAGAACAGCAAGGUUGGCAGGGAUGAGUUGUUCGUAUUGGAGAGGAGCUGCCCGCAAGUCGUGCUCACAGCUGGCAACGGGCGGAACGUUUCCACCCGGCAAGGGAUUGAUCUAUCUGCGAACCAAGAUGAAGAGAGCGAUCAAGAGACAUUCCAACUGGAAAUCAAUACGGACACAAAGAAGUGUGCCUUUCGGACUCAUACUGGGAAAUACUGGACAUUGUCAAGUAAUGGUGGAAUCCAAGCAACUGCUUCAACUUUGAAUGACAAUUGUUACUUUAGCAUUGAUUGGUGUGAUCGGCGGAUUACUUUGAAGGCAGCAAAUGGAAAGUUUGUCAUUGCCAAGAAAAAUGGACAGCUGGCUGCAUCUGUGGAUUCUCCUGCAGAAUCUGAACAAUUCUUGAUGAAACUCAUUAACCGUCCUCUAAUUGUCCUUCGAGGAGAACAUGGAUUCAUUGGGUGUCGUAAAAUGACUGGUACCCUAGAUUGUAACCGAUCAAUUUAUGAUGUUUUUCAACUGGAAUUUAAUGAUGGGGCAUACAACCUUAAAGAUUCCACACAAAAAUACUGGACCGUGGGAAAUGAUACUUCUGUUACUAGCAGUAGCCCAUCUCGGGUAGAUUUCUUUUUUGAGUUCUUUGACCAGAACAAGAUUGCAAUCAAGGUGAAUGGCCUCUAUCUGAAGGGCGACCAUGCUGGUGUUCUUAAAGCCAAUGCAGAGUCAAUUGAUUCCUCUACAUUAUGGGAGUAUUAAGCACCUGUAAACCUGUGGCCUAAAUCCAUAGUUUUUCUCUGGUCUUUCAAUACACAUCCUGUGUUUCUUGUGCCUAUGUCUUUCUCAGCAGGACAUUGCAUAUGCAUAACGCUUUGGUUGUUGAAAGGUGAACUCUUGUUUGCAGAUAUAUUUUAUUUACCAAAAUUACUCUGUCAAAUAAAAUAUAUGAACCGAAUGCUGUGUAUUUUAUUUUAUAUAAAUCAGAUUAUCAUUUCUUUAACUUCUGUUUUGCAACAGUUUAUUCCAUAAAGUAAAACACUGUUUAAAGAGACCCCAGUGCUCUUACAUUUAGUUUUAUAUGGUCAACAUAAUUAGAAACACUUUAGUUUGUAAAGCACUGACAUACUCUUGAAGAUUUGCCAUAUGCAGUUUAUCAGAAGAAACAGACCUCAAAUUAACACUCAGUAUUGCUAAAAAGCAAGCAAAGAUCCAAUGUUUGUGUCAAGCUUUGCAGGAACUGGAGCUAUUCUCUUAACUUUAUAAUGUGCUACACAAGUACAAAUUAGAAAAUAUAUGUUUAAAAAAUAAAUACCUCACACAAAGGGUUUACUUAUGCUUGAGGCAGUUCUGGUUAAAUAUACAGGUAUAGUGCAACUUGUCAGAAUAAUAUCACUUAAAAAUAUUAACACCUAGUCUUCUAAACACUGGUGCCAAUCUUUUAAAAAUAUUGAAUGCAGGCACAAAUAAUACCGUUCGUUGUUAAUUAUAAUUUGCUAUUUUGUGCAUGCAUUAGAUAUGCUCAAUAAGCCGGUGCUAAAUAUUGAUGUAACUACAUUUUUCUCUUUUAUUAGCUUCAAAUUUUUGACUGAGUUAUAAAAAUCCAAUAUUCUGUAGAUUGUCAACUGGUAUUCUUGGCUCAGGCAAUAUGAAAUGUAGUGUUAUCUUCUGAUCUCCAAACCCUUUAGAGGUGAAAAACUUCUGUGAUUCCGGUAUAUUGACAUACUUUCUAUUAUAUAAUGUUUUCAGGUGCAGACACCACUAGGGGGCAAUUUGGAGCGAAGUGCUGAUGAAUUAAAGGGGUUCCCCCGGCUUUUAAUAUUGAUGACCUAUCCUGAGGAUAGAUCAUCAAUAUUAAAAGCCCGGAGAACCCCUUUAAUAUACAGUAGCUGUAAUCUGUGUAAAUCCAUAUACAUAAAACACAGCUUGGGCCAUGUGCAGGUGUAGUGGAUUUAUACAGUAUAAUACCUCAUGCACACAACCGUUUUUCGGGUCCGCAUCAGAGCCGCAGUUUUUGCGGCUCGGGUGCGGACCCAUUCACUUCAAUGGGGUCGCAAA